GCUAAAAACGAUAUUUUUGUCGCAUUUUUUAAAUAAAUUUGUGUUUUAAUAAAACAAGACUAUUGGAAGAAAAUACAACUGGUAAAAUGAGUCAGUUUUCCAGGCAACAUUUUGGUGAUAUAGAUAUCAAAGAACUGAUACACCACUACAAGCAGUAUGAUUGUUUAUGGAAUUACAAUAGUCCGGACUACAAAAGUAAAACGGCAAAGCAGCAAGCUUGGACCGAGAUCGCGGAUUACUUUCAAAAAGACGUGAAUGAAGUAAAACGUAAAGUGAAAUAUUUGCGUUCAGCCUAUGUAGCUGAAAAAAAGAAAGUAUCAAGGAAAUGUAGCGAUGGUACUCCCUAUAAACCAUCAUUAUUUUACUACAAUGAGUUGGAUUUCUUACACAACAUAGUGGUUUGGCGGAAAGUUGGAAGUGAUGCAGAACACACAGAUGUAGAGUUUGAAAGUGUUCAGAUUUCCCCAGACGCAGUUGAAGAUGAAGAAUUGUUAACUUUCAUAGACAGAGAAGAAGAAGUGGAUCUUAAACAGCCAGAAAUCAAUUUCAAAGCUGAAUCAUUUAUCGAACAUGAUGCAGAGCCUGAGCACUCGCCGCCGCAAAUGCCAAUGAGGAGUUCUCCCAAAAUUAUGCAUCCACGAUCUUUAGCUUCACGACCGCUGAAAAGAAAAAUUAGCGGUGAUAUAAAACCAAACAAAUCAGCUAUCUCUAAUGUACCAUCAUCACCAACCGUCAAUAAUUCCCAAUGUAAAAAUUUGUACAUCUCUUUCGGAAAAACGAUUGCUCUUCAGUUACAACAAUUACCGUUGGAUGUAGCAAUAUUGGCCAUGUCUGAAAUACAUACCAUACUUACCAAGAAAACUUUAGAACAUAUAACAUCCUCAAAAAAUGGACAUGAGUCAUGGUCACAAUCGGAAUCCGAAGAUAGUUAUAGUGAAUUGAUUGAAGAAGCUUUCAACGAUUCAAGUUAAAUUUUAAUACCUAUCCAAUUUUUAGUUGUAAUCUAAAAGACCAAGUAACGAAAUGAUAUCACAUAGAUAAUUUGAAAAUCAGAUAGUAAAACAUAUGUUUCAUUUUCUCAUUAAAGUGUCACGUUUUUUCUAGCAAAAUAUCUAAAUGUUAUGGUAUUUAAAUCUGUAUUUUUCUUUACUGUUUCUAUUCCAAACUAAAUACCUAUAAUAUUUAGCAUUAUACUUUUGAAAAUAACUUUUUGUUUAAUAAAAUCUUUAGUCUAAAAUCAUUUUAAUUUUUGAAAUUGGGUUUAAGAUUUAUAAUUUAUUUGUCGAAAAAAAACUUGAUACCAGAAAAUUUUACUACGAUAAGGAAACAAAUUUAAAAUAUAGGUUUUCAUUUAAAACUUGUUUCACUUUUCCCAUUCCGUUAUCUGGUUUUUUGGAAAUAUCGUUUCAGUCUUAUUGUAAUUAAACAUUUUUAAUUUGAUGUGAAUAAAAUUUAUAAUGAAAUAAAUUUGUUUUAAUAAAAAAA